AUGUUAUGUAUUAGGUUGGACCGGUUGUUCGUGUUGCUGGAGGCGGGCGCAGGGGCUGCCACCCGGCGAGCCGCGGCGCGGCAGCUGGGAGAAGUGCAGAAGGCCCGCCCAGAAGAGCUGCAUCGGCUUCUCGCGCGCCUCAUGAAGCACCUGCGUUCGCCCGCCUGGGAGACGAGGAUAGCGGCCACACAGGCUGUGGGAGCGAUUUUGUCGAAUGUUCCUGAGUGGCAUCCUCAUCUUGUAUCCGUUGCCAAAGAAGAGGAAGCAGAACAAGAAGACAACGCACGGUUGCGAUGUGAAACGUUUGACAUCGAGCGCGUCCUGGAACACGGCGCCCAUCUCAUGGGCUCCGAGGGGCACGAGUACGACAUGGAUGAAGAGGCGCUAUCGGCUGCAGAUAUGAAGGAGUGUUUGGCGAAGCAAAGGCAGCAACUAAACUCACAGUUAGGUUUGGAUGUGGCGAAUUCGCUGGGUAUGGAUUUAAGCGGAAUGUACACAAAUGAAGACUUGUGUCCUGUGAAGCCGACGAAACCUGAAGCUACCGUGAGGCGUCCAGUACAAGAGCUAGUCGCUUGUAAAGGACUGAGCUCGCGAGAAAUGAACUUAGCGAAGCGUCGCGCACGCGCAGCGUUUAGUAAACAAAAAUCGCGCGAUUGUGACGACAGCUCGUCUGCCUCGCCACUGACGCCGCUUACCCCCACCGGGCCCCCUCCCUCGCCCCUCGAACCGGAGAGGAAGAAAAUGAAGAUAGAGCCUGUCGAUGAAGUCCUUUGCGAGGGCGGGAGCGCGGCGCCGCGGCGCGACGGGUCGUGGGGCGAGGGCGCGCGCUGGCCGCUGGAGGCGUGGUGCGGCGCGCUGCAGGCGCAGCUGUUCGGCGCCGCGUGGGAGGCGCGCCACGGGGCCGCCGGCGCGCUGCGGGAGCUGCUGCGCUCGCGCCUCGCCGCCUCCGCGGGCACGCGCGCCGGCAUGACCGCGCGCCAGAUGGACGACGCCCACCAAGAGUGGUUGGAGGACAUGGCUCUGCGGCUACUCUGUGUGCUCGCGUUGGACAGGUUCGGGGAUUUCGUGUCGGACCAGGUGGUGGCGCCGGUGCGCGAGACGUGCGCGCAGACGUUGGGCGUGGCGCUGGCGCAGCUGCGCGCCGAGCGCGUGCGCCUCGUGGCGGCGCGCGUGGCCACGCUGGCGCGCCAGCCGCAGUGGGAGGCGCGGCACGGCGCGCUGCUCGCCUUCAAGUACCUGCUGGCCGCGCGCCAGGAGCUGGCCGUGGAGUGCGGCGCGCUGGAGCACCUGACGGCGGGGCUGGAGGACGGCGCGGAGGACGUAUCGGGCGCGGCGGCGGGCGCGCUGGCGCCGGCGGCGAGCGCGCUGGCGGCGGCGCGGCCGGAGCGCCUGGCGCGCCUGGCCGCGCGUCUGUGGCGCCUGCUGCGCGAGCAGGACGACCUGGCGGCGCCCGCGAACGCCUACAUGGCGCUGCUGGCCGAGCUGCUGGCGCUGCCCGUUGCCGCCAAGCUGCUGCACCCAAUAGAUCUAAGCGAUGUCCUCCCGAGAUUAUGGCCGUAUCUCGAUCACUCUACUAGUUCCGUGCGGAAGGCGACGCUGCAGACACUGCGCACCCUCACACGCCCCCUCGUCACUACGAGUGAUAAGAGUGAUUCAAAAACUAUUGAAGUGAAGUGUGAGAAUGGUGAAGACAGUCAGUACUUAAGUUGGACGCCGGAGCUGUUGCAAGAGGCUAUGAGACAUAUAUAUCAAAGAGUACUCUUUGAGUAUGUACAUGAAAUACAAGAAAUUGCAGUACAGGUGUGGGAGAACCUGCUGCGGCACGCGGAGCUGGGCGCCGUGCUGCUGGCGGCGUGCCCGCUGCUGGCGCUGUGGCUGUGCCUGGCCAUGCAGCCCGCGCGCCUGCCCGUCGACCCCGCGCUGCUGCUGCACCCGCCGCCCAAGGAGCGGCGCGCGCGCGCCCUCAGCGGCAGCGGCAGCGGCGGCGGCGGCGGGGGCGGGGGCGGCGAGGCGCCGAGCGAGGUGGAGGGCGAGCUGCGCGCCGCACACAAGUGGUACCUCGGCGGCGGGGACAACCAGCCCGCCGCGCUGCGGGACGCCAACGUCACGCGCGCGCGCGUGCUGGCCGCUGACAUGCUCGGUUACUUGUCGUGUUAUCUAGUCCAGCCGGCACCGGGCAUCGAGUACAAAGCGGAAGACGAAAGUCCAAUUGAUUGUUAUGUUAAGGUGAUGGUGGCGUACCUGCGGUCGGGCAGCGCGCUGCAGCGCCUCGUGGCCGGGCUCGUGCUGUCGGCCUGGGCGCGCCGCACGCCCCACCACGACCGCUACCCGGCCGCCGUCAUAGCGCAGGACGACAAUACGGAUGAACAACAAAAUGUCAUAUCGAACCUAGCUCCCCCCCUUCUGGUCACAUCUCUGCACACCGCUCUGAACCAAACGCUGUAUUACGACGAAGUCGCCUUGAACUGUAAUCGCAUACUACAGGAGGCGCGCGAUUUAUUAGCUAUGAUGAAGCAUUAUAAACUUCCCGUGGAUAGCGAAGAAUUUAACAAUAUAAUUAGACUUGAACAGGUGUCGGCGAUGACGGCUGCGACGCAGCCGCUGGUGGCGGCGCUGAAGACGAAGCGCGUGGCCGCGUCGCUGGAGGAGCGCCGCGCCGCGCUGCAUAGCGCCGUGGCCGCGUGCGCGCGCGAGCAGGCCGCGCUCAACGUCGCGGUGCAGGCGGCAUUGAGCGGUGCCGUGGCGCACCUGGGCGCGCUGCCGGCGCGGCUGAAUCCCGUGGUGCGGCCGCUGAUGGACAGCGUGAAGCGCGAGUGCUCGGAGGAGCUGCAACGCGGCGCGGCGCGCACGCUGGCGGCGCUGCUGGCGCGCCUCGUGAGCCGCGAGCCCUGCCCCAACAACAAGGUGCUCGUCAACCUGAAGGCCUUCCUCAGAUGUGAUCCAGAGUUUACGCCGCGCAUUUCUCUCGAGAACUCCGAAGACGCUAACGGUGACUCGGGCAGCGGCGACAGCGGUACCGAGAGCAAGACCGAUACGCUCUCUAGUCAUGAACCCACGUUGGAUAAAUACAACGGCAUCCUCACUCUGCUCGAGCAGCACCGCAGCGCGGAGCGCGUGGUGCCGAGGCGCGGCCGCCCGCCCGCCGCGCACCACGCGCACCACGGACCCAACGCGCAGAGUGACCUGCUCGAACAACUGCUGCCGCAGGAGGACGAGGCGAGAAAAUUACUAAGAAUCCAACGGCGCGGUGCGACCAUGGCUCUAACUAGUCUAACUGAAUACUUCGGCGAGGAAUUGCCAGAGAAAUUACCAAAGCUAUGGGAAUUCAUAACACAGCCCUUUGAAAAAGUGAUGACUGAUAGUGAGCUGGAGCAGCUGGAGGAGGAGGCGGGCGAGGAGUUGAUCUCGCGGCUGCAGGUGGUGGAAGCGGUGUGCGCGUACGUGUGCGACGCGCUGUGGCCUCGGGUCGUGGGCGGGGCGCGCGCGUGCGUGGCGCUGGCGCGGGCCCGGCACACGGCGCUGCGGCACAUGGCGGCGCGCGCGCUGGCGGCGCUGGCGGCGCGCGACCCGCACGCCGUCAUGCGGACCGUCGUGCGCGAGGUGGUCGAGGCGCUGGAGGACGUGCGCAGCGAGCGCGUGCGCUGCGGCGCGGCGGAGGCGCUGGCGCGCGCCGUGGACGCGCUGCAGCUGCAGCUCGUGCCCUACAUCGCGCUGCUGGUCGUGCCGCUGCUUGGACGCAUGAGCGACCACAACGAGUCCGUCCGAAUGAUGUCAACUCGUUGUUUCGCCACGCUCAUUCAACUCAUGCCGCUCGAAGGCGCCGUGCCGGAACCCGCGGGGCUCUCGCAGGAGUUGCGUGAGAGGCGGGAACGGGAUAAACAUUUCUUGGAAAAGCUCUUCAACCCUAAAUCGAUCAAAGAUUACAAGAUACCCGUACCCGUAACCGCCGAGUUGAGAAGCUAUCAACAGGCGGGCGUGAACUGGCUGCGGUUCCUUAACGAGUACAAGCUGCACGGCGUGCUGUGCGACGACAUGGGGUUGGGCAAGACGCUGCAGUCCAUCGCGGUGGUGGCGGGCUCGCACCACGAGCGCGCCGCCGCCGCGCUGCCCGCGCUGCCCUCGCUCGUCGUGUGCCCGCCCACGCUCACCGGUCACUGGGUCUUCGAAGUGAACAAGUUUAUACCGUCCAAAUACCUGAAACCUCUCCAGUAUGUGGGACCUCCCAUAGAACGCGAAAAGUUGCGAGCUCACGUGCGAUUCUACAAUCUCAUUGUAGCCUCGUAUGAUAUUGUGAGGAAGGAUAUAGACUUCUUUAGUAGUAUUAAGUGGAAUUACUGUAUUUUGGACGAAGGACACGUAAUCAAAAACGGGAAGACUAAAGCGUUCAAAGCUAUCAAGCAACUAGUUGCAAAUCAUCGGUUGAUUUUAUCAGGAACUCCGAUUCAGAACAACGUGCUGGAGCUGUGGUCGCUGUUCGACUUCCUGAUGCCGGGGCUGCUGGGCACGGAGCGGCAGUUCACGGCGCGCUACUCGCGGCCCAUCCUGGCGGCGCGCGACCCGCGCGCCUCGCCGCACCACCUGCAGGCGGGCGCGCUGGCCUGCGAGGCGCUGCACAGACAGGUACUCCCGUUCCUGCUGCGGCGCGUGAAGGAGGACGUGCUCCGCGAGCUGCCGCCCAAGAUCACGCAGGACUACUACUGCGAGCUGAGUCCGCUGCAGCGCCGCCUGUACGAGCACUUCUCGCGCGAGCACAUGCCGCAGGACAUCAACGCCACCGCGCAUACGCACGUCUUCCAGGCGCUGCACUACCUGCAGAACGUGUGCAACCACCCGAAGCUGGUGCUGCUGGCGGAGCACCCCGAGCACGCGCGCAUCACGCGCCAGCUGGCCGCGCAGGGCUCCUCGCUCGACGACAUCGAGCACGGCGCCAAGCUGCCCGCGCUCAAACAAUUACUGCUGGACUGCGGCAUCGGCACGUCGGUCACGGUGGACGAGUCCGUGUCGGUAGUGUCGCAGCAUCGCGCAUUGAUCUUCUGCCAGCUGAAGAAGAUGCUGGACAUAGUGGAGCGCGACCUACUGCAGAGGCACCUGCCGGCCGUCACGUACCUGCGGCUGGACGGCAGCGUGCCGCCCCACCAGCGGCACGCCAUCGUCACGCGCUUCAACACCGAUGUCUCGAUUGACGUGCUCCUGUUGACCACCGCCGUUGGUGGUCUGGGUUUGAACCUGACGGGUGCAGACACGGUGAUAUUCGUGGAACACGACUGGAACCCCAUGAAGGACCUGCAGGCUAUGGAUCGCGCGCACCGCAUUGGACAGACUCGCGUCGUCAACGUGUACCGGUUGAUCACCAGAGACACGCUCGAGGAGAAGAUAAUGGGAUUACAAAAAUUCAAACUAAUGACCGCGAAUACGGUGAUAAGUAGCGACAACGCAGCGAUGGAAACAAUGGGAACAGAUCAAUUGCUCGACUUGUUCCAGCUAUCGAGAACCCCUGCACCUUCCACCUCAAAAACGCCCAACGCGGGUGCCAAAUCCUUAAUAGAAACUAUUCCAGAUCUCUGGGAUGAUAAACAGUAUGAAGAGGAGUAUGACAUGACCAAUUUUGUGAAAAACCUUAAAAAAGUAAAUACUUAAAUAUAAGAAAAAAAACUAUAAAGCCACGAUUUAUACUGCGGCUUACACUGAAACACGCCAUCUGAAUUCGGUUUUAGGAUUGGUAGAUGAAAUGGCCAGUGAGGUAAAAAAUAAAUAGGUUGAUAGCA